AUGAUGCUUAGGUCUUUUGUUGGGAAGGUAGAAAAGGGAGUUUCACACAUUGUUCAGAGAAGACCAGCAGUGAGGUACUACAGUGAAGGCACAAGUGUGGGAGAUGAUGUUAGGGAAGGAUACUUUGCUGUUCUUGCCAUGAAAGGUGGAGAAUCCAAAAGGUUCAUUGUUGGGUUGCAUUACUUGAAUGAUCCUGCUUUCUUAGGAUUGCUUCGACAAGCCGAACAAGAGUUUGGUUUCAGACAAAUGGGAGCUCUUGCAGUCCCUUGUCAGCCUCAGGAAUUACAGAACAUUCUUGAUGCUUCCAGACCAUAA